AUGAGGUGGGAUGCCCUGGUGGUGAAGGAGGGAGUGGAGAAUGUAGAGCGUGGCGGUGAGCCAGAGUGUGAACAGGGUGAAGAGGAAGGGGGCACGGAUGCGAUAGAGGUACUCGGGGAUGGUGUCGUGCGCCAGCCUGUGGAGAGGGUUCAUUUGCUUGAGGACGAUUUGCAGUGCUGUGCAGAAAUCCUCGCAGGUCCGCUUGGUUCGGUAGCCGCUGGUGGAUCCGGCGAGGCUGUGGACGUCCCUGAGCGCGAAGCCGUACCGGAAGAGUGUGGGCGUGAUGGAGUCGCAGUCCGCGAUGGAGAGGCAUGA